CGUACCACUAUAAAUCCCAAUCAAUAAUAGAAAACCAAACGUUACAUUCUGAAUUUUUUUAUUUUGUUGUUUUUGUUUUGAUUUGUUUUGUGAAGUAAGAAGAUUUAGAAUCUCCACACAAAUGGCUCUCCAACAACAAACACAUUUUCUCACAAAGAAGAAAAAUCAAGAACCUUCUCAAGAUUUCAUUUUCCGAUCCAAACUUCCCGAUAUCUCCAUCCCCAAUCACCUUCCUCUCACUGAUUACGUCUUUCAAAGAUUCUCCGGCGACGGAGACGGCGAUUCUACCAAAACAUGUCUCAUCGACAGUGCCACCGGACGUAUCUUCACCUACGCCGAUGUACAAACCAAUUUCCGGCGAAUCGCCGCCGGGAUCCACCGGCUCGGAAUCCGCCACCGUGACACCGUGAUGCUCCUUCUCCCGAACUCGCCGGAGUUUGCUCUGAUUUUCCUUGCCCUAGCUCACCUAGGAGCCGUUUCCACCACCGCGAAUCCGUUAUACACACAGUCAGAGAUCGAAAAACAGGCAAAAGCCUCCGCAGCGAAGAUGAUCAUCACGAAACGAUGCUACGUGAAGAAACUAACAAACCUUCAAAACAACGGCGUUUUAAUCGUUUGCUUAGACGACGAAGACGAUGACGUUGAUGGUUGCGUGCGUUUCACGGAACUGAUACAAGCGGACGAAACAGAGCUUCCUAAACCGGAGAUUUCGCCGGAGGACACCGUGUCGAUACCGUACUCCUCCGGUACGACGGGGCUACCGAAGGGAGUGAUGAUUACUCACAAGGGAUUAGUGACGAGCAUCGCUCAGAAAGUCGACGGAGAAAACCCUAAUCUCAACUUCACCGGAGAUGACGUCAUCCUCUGUUUUCUCCCGAUGUUUCACACUUACACACUCAACUCGUUGAUUUUCUCGGCGAUGAGGACCGGUGCGGCGAUCUUGAUCGUGCCGAAGUUCGAGCUGAAUCUGGUGAUGGAGCUGAUUCAGAGGUACAAAGUCACGGUGGUUCCGGUGGCUCCUCCGGUGGUUUUAGCUUUCGUUAAAUCACCGGAGACGGAGAGAUACGAUCUGAGCUCGGUGAGGAUGAUGCUUUCAGGCGCAGCUACGCUAAAGAAGGAGCCUGAAGACGCCGUGCGUCUCAAGUUCCCCAAUGCCAUAUUCGGUCAGGGUUAUGGAAUGACCGAGGCAGGAACGGUGGCUAAGUCAUUGGCAUUUGCAAAGAACCCAUUUAAAACCAAGUCCGGUGCGUGCGGGACAGUGAUCAGAAACGCAGAGAUGAAAGUGGUCGAUAUCAUAUCCGGAGUCUCCUUACCUCGUAACAAAUCUGGCGAAAUCUGUAUCCGAGGCCAUCAACUCAUGAAAGGUUAUUUGAAUGAUCCAGAGGCUACUUCGAGAACCAUAGACAAAGAUGGAUGGUUACACACAGGAGACAUUGGGUUUGUAGAUGAUGAUGAUGAGAUCUUCAUUGUUGAUCGUUUGAAAGAACUGAUCAAAUUCAAAGGCUAUCAAGUGGCACCAGCUGAGCUUGAAGCAUUGCUUAUUUCUCAUCCUUCUAUCGAGGAUGCUGCUGUUGUCCCAAUGAAAGAUGAAGUAGCUGGUGAGAUUCCUGUGGCGUUUGUAGUUCGAUCGAAAGGGUCUCGGCUAGUCGAAAAUGAUGUCAAGAGUUAUGUUAACAAAAAGGUGGUUCACUACAAGAGAAUCAAGAGGGUGUUUUUCGUAGAAACUAUACCGAAGGCAGUUUCGGGAAAGCUUUUAAGAAAGGAACUCCGAGCUAAACUGUAAACCGAGUAUUCUUUAAAGAUUCAAGAGAAUUUCGAAUGUAUGCGUAAGCUCGAACAUUGAUGCCAGUAAAAAGUAAGUAUAGAGAGAGAUUAUUAAGUAUGAUAACGUCUUAACUUAUUUACCCUCAUUGAUCUUGUUUUAGUUAGGUUAUGCUUUCUAUACCCGUAUAAUAAUGUCUCAUGGAGACUGAUUCGUGUUUUAUCGAGUGUUUGGUGGUUUCUACAAGGGCGUGGAAGGAGCUCCAUAAUCGGAAUUAUUAUCAGGCAAAAAAAGUAGUUGCAAUUUUCAAAAAAAAAAAAAAACUAUACAUAAUGUAUAACUAGCUAAUUUCGAUACUCUAGAAUAUUCUAAAAGACAUAAAGACAUAUUCCCUAUCUGUUCUCA